GCUGGCAGGGUCGGGUUGACCGCGAGAAAGGGGCGUGAACGAGCGCCAGAGCGGUCAUUCUCCGAUGUGCAAACCCAAAUAAACAAGAAUCACAAUUUCUCGGGACACUUUUGUUCACAUUUGGCAUUUCGUGACAAUUUUAACUUUUUUUUUUUAAAUACGGGGAUUUGUGGAGCGGAGAAUGGCAGCUGAAGUGAAUGGCAGUUCUGCUCCAGUUAAGGAGGAAGACGAACCAAUGGACAUAACUGUAACACACACAGAGAACUACCAGACACUCAUAGACGCAGGCCUUCCACAGAAAGUGGCGGAGAGCCUGGAUACGAUAUUUCAGACUGGACUGGUGGCUUACGCUGACCUGGAUGAGAGAGCCAUCGACGCCCUGAGGGAGUUCAAUGAGGAGGGAGCCCUGUCAGUGUUACAGCAGUUCAAGGAGAGUGACCUGUCACAUGUGCAGAACAAAAGUGCAUUUCUCUGUGGUGUGAUGAAGACAUACCGACAGCGAGAAAAGCAAGGAAGUAAAGUUCAAGAAUCCACAAAGGGUCCUGAUGAGACUAAGAUAAAGGCUCUUCUGGAAAGAACAGGUUACACUUUGGACGUCACCACAGGACAGAGGAAGUAUGGGGGGCCUCCACCUGACGAGGUGUACUCAGGGGCCCAACCUGGAAUCGGAACAGAGGUAUUUGUUGGCAAGAUCCCCAGAGACUUGUAUGAGGAUGAGCUGGUGCCUCUGUUUGAGAAAGCCGGGCCCAUUUGGGACCUGCGUCUAAUGAUGGACCCCCUCCUUUCGGGUCAGAACAGAGGAUAUGCCUUCAUCACCUUCUGCAAUAAAGAUGCUGCCCUAGAGGCCGUCAAGCUUUGUGAUAAUUAUGAAAUCCGGUCGGGCAAAUACCUGGGUGUCUGCAUCUCUGUCGCAAACAAUCGGCUGUUUGUUGGGUCAAUUCCAAAGAACAAGACAAGAGAAAGCAUAUUGGAAGAUUUCAGCAAAGUCACAGAGGGCCUUGUGGAGGUGAUACUCUACCACCAGCCAGAUGAUAAAAAGAAGAACCGUGGCUUCUGCUUCUUAGAAUACGAGGACCACAAAACUGCGGCCCAGGCCCGUCGCCGCCUCAUGAGUGGCAAGGUGAAGGUGUGGGGGAACCCUGUUACUGUUGAGUGGGCAGAUCCAGUAGACGAACCGGACCCAGAGAUUAUGGCAAAGGUAAAGGUGCUGUUUGUGAGGAAUCUGGCCACACCGGUCACAGAGGAGCUCCUAGAGAAAACAUUCUCCCAGUUUGGGAAGUUGGAGCGGGUCAAGAAGCUGAAAGACUAUGCCUUUGUGCACUUUGAGGACAGAGAUGCUGCCGUGAAGGCAAUGCAACAAAUGAAUGGCAAAGAAUUGGAAGGCGAGGAGAUAGAGAUUGUUCUGGCAAAGCCUCCGGACAGGAAGAGGAAAGAGCGGCAGGCCCAGAGACAGCCAACUAGGACCACAGGAUAUGAUGAUUACUACUAUUAUCCUGCUCCACGCAUGCCGCCUCCCAUGAGAGGCAGGGGCCGAGUUGGGAGAGGUGGCUAUGCCUACCCUCCAGACUACUACGGUUACGAGGACUACUACGAUGAUUACUACGGGGGUGGUUACGACUACCAUGACUACCGAGGUGGCUACGACGACCCUUACUACGGGGGAUACGAUGACGUCUACGUGCCGAGAGGAAGGGGGGGCAGGGUGAGUCGAGGUGCCCCCCCUCCCCCAAGAGGCCGAGGAGCACCACCCCCUCGUGGCAGAGGUGGCUACGUCCAAAGGGGGGCUCCUAUGGGUGUACCGAGGGGAAGCCGUGGGAGCCGGGGAGGUCCGCCCCAGCAGAGGGGCCGCGGCAUCAGAGGGGCCAGGGGAAACCGCGGGGACAACUUGGGUGGGAAGAGGAAGGCUGACGGUUACAACCAACCGGACUCCAAGCGCCGGCAGACCAACAACCAGAACUGGGGCUCCCAACCCAUUGCCCAGCAACCCCUGCAACAAGGUGGCGACUAUUCUGGUGAAGACGCGAGAACGGCAGCGGGUUGAGUGAGUGAGGAACACAUCUAUUCUCUGCUGUGUUCUUCCCCAAAGAAGGGGUGCGUGUCCGAGGUGGCCCCGACCCAGUCUUGUCACGAUGUGGACUUGCUAGGUGGGGCUCCCAGACAGAGGCAGCUGUAAGGACUACGGGGUAAGUUUAGGAUGUUUUCUUCCCAAACCAUUGUUCUCUUUCACUGUCUUUCUCUCCCUCUGAUUCAGGUCUCACCAAAUCCCUGUGGGGAUUAAGAUGUGGAAAGAAAACGUCAGUGUCUGGGUGAGUUUAGGUAGAGAGAAAAGUACUGUAUCUCUCAAUACACAGUUAGAGAAGUUAACUUUGGAGUUGGAAGAAAUGUUGAGUUACUUGGAGAAUGAAUACAGUAUACGAUACAGAAUACCAAAAAUAGUAAUUCUGUUCAUUUAGUUUACAGAAACUUACUCUAAACACUACUUUUAUCAAAUGUAAUGUGUCGUAAGGAUUAGCAAAAGUAGCUGCCUGUGGCAAUUACCUUUUAGAGGUGAAAACAAGAGCUCUGUCUCUAGUCUAAAGCACUACAGACCCCAUUAUAAAUGCUUUGGGGUCGAGCUUGAAGCUGUUAGAGCUUACUCCAAUUGCAUAUCAGCUCCCGGUGUUGGAGUUUUUUCUCCCUGGAAUUACAUGUAUUGCUCUAUGAUUCUCUGGAAUACAAUUUGUUGCUCUAUGAUUCUCUGGAAUUCAAUUUGUUGCUCUAUGAUUCUCUGGAAUUCAAUUCGUUGCUCUAUGAUUCUCUGUAAUACAAUUUGUUGCUCUAUGAUUCUCUGGAAUUCAAUUUGUUGCUCUAUGAUUCUCUGUAAUUCAAUUUGUUGCUCUAUGAUUCUCUGGAAUUCAAUUCGUUGCUCUGAUUCUCUGGAAUUCAAUUCGUUGUUCUAUGAUUCUCUGGAAUACAAUUUGUUGCUCUAUGAUUCUCUGGAAUACAAUUUGUUGCUCUAUGAUUCUCUGGAAUUCAAUUUGUUGCUCUAUGAAUCUCUGGAAUUCAAUUUGUUGCUCUAUGAUUCUCUGGAAUUCAAUUCGUUGCUCUGAUUCUCUGGAAUUCAAUUCGUUGUUCUAUGAUUCUCUGGAAUAUAAUUUGUUGCUCUAUGAUUCUCUGGAAUUCAAUUUGUUGCUCUAUGAUUCUCUGGAAUUCACUUCGUUGCUCUAUGAUUCUAUGAAAUUCAAUUCGUUGCUCUAUGAUUCUCUGGAAUUCAAUUCGUUGCUCUAUGAUUCUCUGGAAUUCAAUUUGUUGCUCUAUGAAUCUCUGGAAUUCAAUUUGUUGCUCUAUGAAUCUCUGGAAUUCACUUCGUUGCUCUAUGAUUCUAUGAAAUUCAAUUCGUUGCUCUAUGAUUCUCUGGAAUUCAAUUUGUUGCUCUAUGAUUCUCUGGAAUUCAAUUCGUUGCUCUAUGAAUCUCUGGAAUUCAAUUCGUUGCUCUAUGAAUCUCUGGAAUUCAAUUUGUUGCUCUAUGUUUUGUAAAAAAAAUCACGUCAAUGCCCAGUAGCUAAUUGAAUAUUUAUUAAUAUAACUUCACUUUUCCUCUUAUGGAGUUGAGAGAAAAAAAUCAGAAUUUUGCUGUCAUAGCAAAUUCAUAGCUCCAUUUAUAUCAUAGUAGCUAUAGACACUAAAAUGUUCAAAAGACCACCCAGUGGGCAAAACUUGGUUGAAAAGACGUCUUCUUCUGUUCACAAACUGGUUGAAAUGGACGUUGUUUUUUGUACAACUAUUUACCGACCAGAAUAUAUAUAUUUUUAAUGACCACCAUACGAGCAGUUGCCGAUAAUUAUUACCAUAAUUGUUAACUCUGACCACUAUAUUAUGUGGUCAGAUUAGUUAAGACCUCAUCAUAACCUGAUAAUGCCCACCUGUGCAAAAAAGUAUUGCAGAGGAUAAAGUUGGAAAUUGAAUACA